AUGUGGCCAAAUGUUCCCUACCAUAAGCCUUUGCCUCCUAAAAGAAGAAGAUUACCUGUACCAAGUUCAUCUAGGGGCAGUGGAACAGGCCCAAGUUCAUCCAGAGGCAGUAAAGGACCAUCACCUGUAGCCCAACCACCUCCUCCGCCACCACCUGUAGCCCAACCACCUCCACCACCACCACCUGCAGCCCAACCACCUCCUCCACCACCACGUGCAACCCAACCACCUCCUCCACCACCACUUGCAGUUCCUAUGCCAAGAAGAAGGGCCUCAGUUGGUAGAAGUAGAAGGAGGCAAUAUUCUGAACGAAUCAGCAAACAAGCAUUAAGGAGGAAGAAACCUGGUGUUGGGAGUAAUGGAGAGAACCCUUCAAUUAUUGAUUAA